AUGAGAAACACGAGGCCUGUUCAUGUGAGGAAUACAAGUUCGGAUCCAUCAUCGCCGAUGAUGACGUCUCCACUGAUGAAUCGGCAUGUACGGUCAGGAUCGAAUUCUGGGGCAUCUUCGAAUGCCAAGAAGGCUCAGACGAAAGCAGCCGCUCAGAGACUCGCGGCUGUCAUGUCAAACCAAACAGGAGACGAGGAAGACAGUGAUGAAGACCUUUCCAUUGACUACAGCGCUCCACGAACAGGGAGCAUUGGUCUCGCUGCCGGAAGAUCUCAUCCUUCUCGCUCUCCACUGAUUAAGAACCCUAUUGCAAGGCGUCCACAUAUGGCAACUCCAUCGUUAGCUGAUGAGGACAAUGAAGAUGAUGACUUUUCAGUGGAUAUAUCGAGUAGCAGCAGACCAAGUAUUGGACUUGCUGGUGGAAGAGCAAUAAGACCUCAGUCUCCUGUGAUGACUAAAAUUGCACCUCCGAGACGUACACAACCAGCAGCCAGUGAAGAAAGUAAGAAUGAAGACGACGACGAUGUUGUUUCGGUAGAUUAUACAAUUGGCAGACCAAGUAUUGGUCUUGGAAGUAGUAGAGCAAUGCGGCCACAGUCUUCUAUGAACAAAACACAGCCACAAGUGCGUCCGGUGAUGGCAGUUAACAUUGCAGCUGAUGAGGAAAACGAAGAUGAUGAAAGUACAAAUGCUUAUACAAGCGGUAUUCCAAGUGUUGGACUUGCUGGUGGAAGAUCAACACGUUCACGCUCUCCUCUGCUACAAACCAAAACCCCUCCAUUGAGACAUCCACAAGCAAUAUCUCAGCCACCAGACAAUGAUGGUGAUAAUGAUGAGCCGUAUACUAGUGUCAUGCCCAGCAUUGGACUUGCUGGUGGACGCUCAAUGAGACCUCGCACUCCUUUGUCAAUUCGUACAAGGGAACAAGCUACUCCACAGACAGGACUUCCGACUUCAGGAAGCCGAUCCUCAUUAGGUGAGGAUUCUUCAGAACCGAGUGGUCAUCAAUCUCAGACUCAGACAAGCAGCAACCAAGUGGAGCAAUCUCCAUCUUCUCGUUCUAACAAAUCAUCUCAGUCUCUCAGUGCUAUGGAUCAGUCGUUUCGUUCAUCUUUCAGCGGUCGUCCAAUAAGGACAGUGCCUUUGAUGCCAUCUUCAGUGCCUAUCUCACUCAAACCAGUCACUCCUGCUUUUCAAAACGACACGCCAACCAAGCUCCGGAAAGACAAAAGGUUUUCCAUGGAUCUGGGAAGCUCAGGGAACUUAAGAGAGUUAGGCAGUCAACGUUCUACUUCAGCUUUGCAAGAUGAGUUUGAUAUGCUUCAAGAAGAAAAUGAAAGUUUGUUGGAAAAGGUGAUGCUUGUAAAUUUUCACAGUUGCUUCGACUUGCAGAAGAUAAGUGUGAAGAAGCAGAUGCAAGAGCUAAGCAACUUGAGAAACAAAAAAGAGGCAGCUCUGCAACAAAGAGAGGCUGCUUUGAGAGUCGCAUCACAAACUCAUGGAGGAAGAAGGGAAGAUGUUUCAGCUCUUCACACAGAAGCUGAGAUUGCUAGGGAAGAGGCAGCAUCUUCAUUGGAGCAGCUCCAUGAAGUUGAAAAAGAGCUUAACUCUCUUAAGACCAUGACCAAGAGAUUAAUACUGACUCAGGAGGAGAUGGAAGAGGUCGUUCUAAAGAGGUGCUGGCUUUCACGUUAUUGGGGCUUAUGCGUUAUACAUGGUAUUCAAGGGGAUAUUGCAGGAGCAAAGCAUGAAUACUGGUCAUCAUUUGCACCACUUCCUCUAGAGAUUGUUCUGUCUGCAGGACAAAGAGCUAGGGACGAGGCUUCACAAUCUAACAACAGUUAUGGAGAAAGAAAAAAAUCAUUGCAAAAUCUGCAAGAAAUAUCUGGAGAAGGAAAUGUGGAAAGCAUGGUAUGGGUGGAGAAAGGUCUGCGAGAACUAGCUUCACUCAAGGUUCAGGAGGCAAUUGCAUAUGUCAUGGCUAAAGAUAGACGGUCCAAGUUUUUUGUUUCAGAUGAAGUGAAAAUGCCAAUGGAUGGACAAUUUGAAGCCUUUGAGUUAAGCGACGAGGAACUUGAAGAUGUGAGUUUCAAACAGGCAUGGCUUGCAUAUUUUUGGAGAAGAGCUAAGAACCAUGAGAUUGAAACUGAUCUUGCCGAUGAGCGUCUCCAGUAUUGGAUAAACCAAGGGACUCGAUCUGCCACGUCACAAGAUGCAGUUGAUGUUGAAAGAGGACUAAUGGAGCUGAGGAAGCUCAACAUAGAGUCACAGCUUUGGCAAAAAUCAAGAAAAGGGCUUGACCAUGAAUCCAACCCUUCUCAUCUUGAACUAAAUUUCUGA